AUGUUGAGUCUAACUGGCAACCUGAUCAUCAUCCUCCUCAUAUUAGUGGAUUCUCAUCUCAAAACUGCCAUGUACUUUUUUCUCCAAAAUUUUUCCUUCUUAGAAAUCUCCUUCACUUCUGCCUGCAUUCCUAGAUUCUUGUACAGUAUAUCAACAGGUGACAGGGCCAUUACCUAUAACGCUUGUGCAUGCCAACUAUUUUUCACAGACGUGUUUGCAGUAACAGAAUUUUUUCUCUUGGCCACCAUGUCUUUUGAUCGCUACGUGGCCAUCUGCAAACCCCUGCAUUACGUGACCAUCAUGAACCACAGGGUCUGCCGAAGGAUUGUCUUCUGCUGUUGGAUGGCCACCUUGUUAAUCAUCUCCCCACCGUUUAGCUUCGGACUGGCCCUGGAAUUCUGUGACUCUAAUGUCAUUGACCACUUUGUCUGUGAUGUUAAUCCACUCCUGAAGAUCGCCUGCUCAGAGACAAGGUUCAUUGAACAGAUGACUCUUGCUGGCACUGUGCUGAUCUUUAUCCUGACUCUAGGAAGAGGUAAAGAUUUUGUGACUGCCAUAUGGGCUGAUUUCCUGUUAAUUCUUACCACUUUUCCUGGACAACUUUGA